UGUCAGGAGAAUGUUUUCUGCUUAUUUGUAGGGUAACGUAAAGUCGUGAAACAGUCUUUGUAGUCAACCGGUUGGUAAAAGGGGUCAGGAUGCUUGUUUUUGAAAGCAGAUUAAAGAUCAGGACAGGAAGGGCCAGGUUUAGGGAAACAGGAAAACUGAUGCAAGGAAACAGUCUAUACGUCACCAGGCGGGCCGCUGCCUUCUGGACUGAAGAAUAACCCAGUCCCAAAGUCAAGUAUGGAGUCUCUGCUCAAGUCCCCAAUGAAACUUCUACUUUUCGCAGCAUGGCUCUGGAGUCUAAUGGACACUGGAAGCCUCUCUGAUAUUUGUGACUCUUGUCACUCAAAAGCUACAUGUAAGACUCAGGAUGGAUUAAGCAAAGCCUGCAUAUGUAACUAUGGAUAUACAGGAGAUGGAAUAAGAACUUGCAAAGAUGACAAUGAAUGUCAGAAUGUGACAAACAUCUGCGGGGACAGGGGCCAGUGCACAAACACAGAGGGUAGCUACUACUGCACAUGCAUCCCUGGAUACAAAUCGACUGGAGAUGACCAGUUCCAGCCCAAUGAUGGCACUGGAUGCACAGAUGUUGAUGAAUGUGAGUCAGAACUGGUCUGUGGCCCAAACUCACGUUGCCAUAAUACAAAUGGAUCUUUCUAUUGCUCCUGUAACCGUGAUUACAUCUCAACUUCAGGCGAUAAACACUUUCAUCCAGCAAAAGGUGCAAGAUGUAAAGAACAUCCUCAAAAAGAUUGCCAUGACAACAUUGGAUGCAUGACACAGGCUGUUAACAAAACACUCGAAAAUAUGAGGAACCUCACGGAGCCACAAAGCCUGCUGAGAGAAAUUGCCAACAGGACGUCUGGUGAACUUACCUCAGUGGAAGUGAUCGCAUAUGUUGAGGCCUUGAGUCGAUCCGCAUCAACACUGGCUGCUGUGGAGAAGGAUUACACUGUCAAACCAUCUGCCGUCAACUCCACUCUUUCAAAAUUAGUGAAAGCAGUGAACAAUCUGGUGGAGAAGGAUGAACUGGUGGCUUGGAACAGAAUGAAAGAGGAGCGGCGUGAACACACCAUCACCAAGCUGCUGCAUGUUGUUGAAGAAAGCGCUCUGUCGUUGGGCUCCAACCACAAAACUCCAACUGAGCUCCAAAUCAAAGCAUCUGAAUUGGAACUGAAACUCUUCACCUUUGAUGCUUCUCAAACAAAGUCUACACUUUCUGUUUCAUUGGGAGGAGAUCGCAUAACCCUGAACCAAAAGACGAAACCAGAGAAAAUAAGCGGAAGCGUGUCAGUGGUGUUUGUGCGAUAUGACAGCAUCAGUGACAUCCUGAAGCCGAGCAGCGACCCAGGUGUCACUGACUACUCGCGCUACGCAGGAACUGGGGAAAUCACUGUCAACUCCCAAGUCAUGGCAGCAGCAGUCAAACCUGCUGACGUUUACCAACUUGACCAUGUCACCUUCACUCUAAGGCACAACGAGCCCAUCAACACCAAAGUUGAUGUGACAAAGUGCGCAUUCUGGGAGUAUGAAGUGGGCAGCCUGCAGGGUCACUGGUCCACUGAAGGCUGCAAGACUCUCCACGUURGCAGCAACGCAACCGACUGCUCCUGCAAUCAUCUCACACACUUUGCAAUCCUCAUGUCAUCUGGAAGAGCUAAUCUGGCAGUCCACAAUACCAUCCUGACCCGGAUCACCCAGCUGGGGAUGAUCAUCUCCCUCAUCUGUUUGUCCUUGUGCAUCUUCACCUUCUGGUUCUUCAGCGAGAUCCAGAGCACCAGAACCACCAUACACAAGAACCUGUGCUGCAGCCUGUUUAUGGCUGAGUUCAUCUUCCUUGUGGGGAUCAACAUGAACUCACACAAGCUGUUCUGCUCUGUGAUUGCAGGGAUGCUGCACUAUUUCUUUCUUGCAGCCUUCGCCUGGAUGUGCAUUGAGGGCAUUCAUCUGUAUUUAAUAGUCGUCGGUGUCAUCUACAACAAAGGCUUUCUGCAUCGGAACUUUUACAUCUUCGGCUAUGGGAGCCCUGCAGUCGUGGUGGCAAUUUCAGCGACACUCGGCUCAAAGUAUUACGGCACAGACAGAGUGUGUUGGCUGAGUACAGAAAAUCACUUUGUGUGGAGCUUCAUUGGUCCUGCAUGUUUAAUUAUUCUGGUUAAUCUUUUGGCCUUUGGAGUAAUUAUCUACAAGGUGUACCGGCACACCGCUGUGAAAAAGCCUGAAAUCAGCCACUAUGAAAACAUCAGGUCCUGUGCCCGUGGCGCUAUGGCUCUGCUGUUUGUGCUCGGCGCCACCUGGACUUUUGGAGUACUGCAUAUUCUCCAUGAAACCACACUGACGGCUUAUCUGUUUACCAUAACCAACGCUUUCCAAGGGAUGUUUAUCUUCAUCUUCCUUUGUGUGCUGUCCAGAAAGAUUCAGGAGGAAUACUACAGACUUUUCAAAAAUGUUCCCUGCUGUUUUGAAUGCCUAAGAURAAACCUGUCAGCUAAAGCUCAAGCGUCUGAAAUUUAACAAUAAUAUUUGACAGUACAGAUCCGUGAUAUCUUGUGUUUUUUUUGUUUUUUUUAUCAUUGGGAAGAAAAUACAAAUGUCUGAUGAAUGUAGCAUUUGCAGAUUCAAAAUAUUCUUGGUUUUGUGUAUAAAUACUAAUGAUAUAUAUGCUUUUAUCUGAUCACAUCACAAUCUUAAUUCAGUGCAGUUAAACAAGUUGUUUUUUUUUUAGCUUUUUCUUUUCAAAACCAUGUUUUAAAAGAUAAGUGGCUGUACUUUUUUAUUAAGUUUUUUCUUAGACAUGUUUUCACCUUUACUUCUGAAAGUAAUUUUUUUAUUGCUAAUUUUUAUAAUUAAUUAGUACAUCAUAUAGAGAAAUGUGUCAAUGUACACAUUGCUGCCAAACGCCGUCAAAGCAUAGCAUUGUUCUGAUUUUAUUGGCCAAUAGCUCCCUCUACUGGACAUGAUGAGAAACCUCGAAUGGAUCAUAACUCGUAUUUUGAGUCACAAAUUAUUAGAAUUUUUUAACUGUCAUAAGCUGUAUGCUUGAGAAUAAUAUUUUUUUUAUAAAAAACUUUUUUUUCAAAUUAAGAAUAAAUAAAAACGUUUAAAAAGCA